UAUUUUAAUACGUUUAUAAUUAUAUUUACUGUUGCUUAAAAAUUUGUCUGUAAUUCGGUGUCAAUAACUAAAUUACUCAUUUUACAGUAUUUUUCUCAUUGACAGAAAAUUUCACUUUUCUAAUCCAUAGGUACAUUUUGAAUCAUACACUGUGUCAUAAAAAAACUUACUCUGUGGAUUUCGAAAACAUUAUAAGCGAGGAUAGGCUAAUGGCGUCUUCCCAAACUGCAAAUAAAUUUUCAGACAACUAUAAAUACUUUUGAAAAUGAAAAGAGAUAAGACGGCUUCUCAAAAAAAAUCCUAUAAGAAGAUGGCGGAAACAGAGGAGUUAGAGAAAAAACUGCUGUUUAGUCACGUGUUUCAUUUGUAAAAAUAUUAUUGCUGUGCAAAAAUAUUACAAUCAAACGUUAAUAAUGGAAGAAUAUGAUAUUAAGUUUCCGAGUAUCUGAGCUUCAGAUGCUUUUGGGUUUUGCUGGUAGAAAUAAAUCUGGCAGAAAAAACGAAUUACAAGCAAGAGCGUUAGAAUUAUUGCGUCUCAGAUCACAUCCAGUCCAGCUUAAAAUACGAGAAUUAUACAAGACAAUACAAGCUGAUCAAUUAGCAGCACAUCAAAUGUAUGUUCAAACGGAUACAACUGGAGAUACUCAAAUCGAUCAAAGUAUGCAUUCUAGAAGCUAUUAUACAAGACAAGCUAUUGGUCAACAGCAACAAGCACAAAGUGCAGUUGCUUCUGAAAAAGAACUUCCACCUGCCCAUCAAGCUUCAUUACCUCAAAAUCCAAGAACUACUGCAGUAUAUCAGUCUCCUGGGUAUACAAGUGUAGCACCACAAAGAACAAAUACACCAUACAAUCCGUAUCCCCCAUAUACACCUAAAGUAUUGCCAGUUCCAUUACAAAUACCUUCAGGACAGUACCCUGUUCAUCCAGAUGUAAAAUUUAAAAGAUUACCUUUUUUCGAUUUAAUGGCCGAAUUAUUAAAGCCAUCAAGUUUAAUGCCACAAGGAUCAGUAAGAUUACAAGAAAAUUCAUUUAUGUUUCAUUUAACACCUCAACAGUCGACUGACAUAGCUAGUUCUCGAGAUUGUCGUAAUGGAAGCAAAAUGGAUUACAUGGUACAGGUACAGAUGAGGUUUUGCUUGCAAGAAACAUCAUGUGAACAAGAAGAUUAUUUUCCACCAAAUAUAUCUGUAAAAGUUAAUGGAAAAAUCUGUCAGUUACCUAAUCCUAUACCUACUAAUAAACCUGGUGUCGAACCAAAACGACCACCAAGGCCUGUAAAUAUCAGUCCUUUGGUUAAAUUAUCGCCUACAGUGGGAAAUCAGAUUAAUGUUUCUUGGUCAUCUGAUUUUGGUAGACGAUAUGCAAUUGCUGUAUAUCUUGUAAGAAAGCUUUCGAGUUCAGAGUUAUUAUUAAGAUUAAAGAACAAAGGUGUUAGGCACUCUGAUUAUACUAGAGGAUUAAUAAAAGAAAAAUUAAAUGAAGAUGCUGAUAGUGAAAUAGCUACAACAUCACUCAGAGUAUCAUUAGCAUGUCCUUUGGGAAAAAUGAGGAUGAAUACACCAUGUCGAGCAUUAACAUGCUCCCAUUUACAAUGUUUUGAUGCUUCAUUAUUUUUACAAAUGAAUGAAAGAAAGCCUACAUGGAAUUGUCCAGUAUGUGAUAAGCCAGCGUUAUAUGAUAACCUUGUUAUUGAUGGAUAUUUUCAAGAAGUUUUAAACUCCAAGAAAUUAUUACCAGAUGUCAAUGAGAUACAAUUGCUUCAAGAUGGUUCUUGGGAGAACUUAGUGUUAAAAAAAGAAAAAGAUAGAGAAAAACCGGAAACAAAAGUAGCAGCUAAUGUGCAAGAUCACAAGAUUGAUGUCGACACAGUUGAUAUUGAUGAAAGCGGUCCGACGUUACCGAUAGUAAAGGAAAAGAAACGUACAGUUCUCAUUGAUUUAAUAUCAGAUAGUGAAGAAGAUGACGAAGAUUCUGUACCAACGCAAAGUACAAAAAAGCAUCAUAUUAGUUCAAGUCCUCAAAAGAAAUCACAAACAAGUUCUAUCAGCAGUACAAGUGGACCAUUAAAUUUCAUGGUAAUCGAUUUAGAAUAAUUGUCUUUAUAGAAAAAAUAAUGAUAUUAAAAUUUAAGAAGGAAUUAUUUGAUCUGCGAUUUGAUCAUUAUAAAUUUCAUACACAAUGUGCAAAAAAGAAAACAUUUAAUAAUAUUAUUUUUGACAUAAUUCUA